AUGGGUCGCGGUGGUAACUUCAGGAAGGGCCGUGGCGGUGGCCGUGGCGGCAAGCGUAACCGUGAUGACAACCGUGGAGGUCACCAGCCUUACACCAGAUAUCCCGAGGUCGUCAAGCAGAACGAAAGGCUUGAACGCUACUACAACGACCUUCUCCAGCUCCCCGAGGAGGAGCGUGAACAGUUCUGGGCUGCCCUGAAGAGGGAGCUGCCCAACAGCUUCCGCUUCUGCGGCUCCAAGGGACACGCUCUCGCCGUCAAGAACCUCCUCCAGACCCGCUACAUCCCCGAAAUUACCAGAAUCACCUACGAUGGCGCCGUCGUCGAGCCCCCUCAGCCUGUGCCCUGGUACCCCGACGGCCUCGCCUGGUGGAUGACCACCCCCAAGAACGUGAUUCGCAAGUUCCCUCCCUUCUCGGCCUUCCAGAAGUUUUUGGUUUCCGAGACCAGCGUCGGCAACAUCUCCCGUCAGGAGGUCGUCUCCAUGAUUCCUCCCCUUCUCAUGGACCUCCGCCCCGGCAUGACCGUCCUCGACAUGUGUGCCGCCCCCGGCAGCAAGGCCGCUCAGCUCCUUGAGAUGAUUCACCGUGGCGAGGAGGCCAGAAUCCGUCACGUCAUCAAGCAGUUCGGCGGUUCCGUCGACGAGAUCAAGAGCGCCGAUGACGACGCCGCCCGCCUCGAGGCCGACCCCAGCGACGACGGCAGAGCUACCGGCAUGCUCAUUGCCAACGACGCCGACUACAAGAGAUCCCACAUGUUGAUCCAUCAGCUCAAGCGUCUCUCCUCCCCCAACAUGAUCGUCACCAACCACGACGCCACCAUGUACCCCUCCCUCAGGAUACCCAACCCCGAGGACCCUAGCAAGCCCAACUACCUCAAGUUCGACCGUAUCUUGGCCGAUGUGCCCUGCUCCGGUGAUGGUACCCUCAGGAAGAACGUCAACCUUUGGAAGGACUGGGCUCCUGCUGCCGCCUUGGGUCUGCACCUUACCCAAGUCCGCAUCCUCGUGCGUGCUCUCCAGAUGCUCAAGCCCGGCGGCCGCAUGGUCUACUCCACCUGCUCCAUGAACCCCGUCGAGAACGAGUCCGUCGUUGCCGCCGCCAUCGAGCGCUGCGGUGGUCCCGACAAGAUUGAGAUUGUCGACUGCGCCGACCAGCUUCCUCUGCUCCAGCGCAAGCCCGGCAUGCGCAAGUGGAAGAUCAUGGACAAGUCCGCCCGUGUCUGGAACAGCUGGCAGGAGGUUGAGGAUCACGCCAAGUCCACUGAGGAUGGCAUUACACCCAGCCGUCUCGUCGAGUCCAUGUUCCCCCGUCCCGAGGGCAGCAUCUGCGCCGAUCUCCCUCUGGAGAGGUGCAUGCGUGUCUACGCUCACCAGCAGGAUACCGGUGGUUUCUUCAUUACUGUGCUCCAAAAGAAGGCCGAGUUCAAGGCCAAGCCUGAGGAGGUCAGGCCAAAGGAGAAGAAGCAAGCUCCCAAGCGCCCCUUGGAGGAGGCCGAGGGCACUGAGGAGGCUAAGAAGCAGAAGACCGAGAAUGAUGAGGCUGCCAAGACCGAGGACGUAGUGAUUGAGGAGGCGCCCGUUGAGCCCGCCGAGGAGGCCAAGGCUGAGGAGGUUGCCCCCGUUGAGGAGACUCCUGCUACCGAGGAGCCCGCUGCCAAGGAGGAGGCUACCGAGACCCCGGCUGAGACCCCUGCCGAGACUCCCAAGGAGGCCCCCAAGGAGGGUGAGGCCCAACCAGAGCGCAAGCAGAAGCAGCAGGGCCCUUAUGAGGAGCCCUUCAAGUACCUCCCUGCCGACCACGAGGUCAUCAAGAACAUUGCCGACUUCUACAAGAUUUCUCCCCGCUUCCCCGCGGACCGCUACAUGAUCCGUAACGCCACGGGCGAGCCCGCCAAGGCCAUCUACUACACCAGCGCCUUGGUGCGCGACAUUCUCGUCAUGAACGAGGGCCGUGGCGUCAAGUUCAUCCACGGUGGUGUGAAGAUGUACGUCAAGCAGGAUGCUCCCUCGGCCGAGGUCUGCCGCUGGCGCAUCCAGUCCGAGGGUAUGCCCAUCCUCCACGGCUACGUGGGCGCUGAGCGCGUCGUUGUGCUCAAGAAGAAGGAGACGCUGAAGAAGCUGCUCAUUGAGAUGUUCCCCAAGAUCGCCAACGGCGAGUGGGAGAAGCUCGACGAAAUUGGCGAGCGCGUCCGUGACUUGGCUCUCGGAUGCUGCGUCCUCCGCGUUGAGCCCGAUGGCGACGACGAGGAAUUCAACGAGCACAUGGCUCUCCCUCUGUGGAAGAGCUUCCAGUCGUUGAACCUCAUGCUGCCUAAGGAGGAUCGCAGUGCGAUGUUGCUCCGUAUCUACAACGACACCACUCCCUUGAUCAACAUGGGUAUCAAGCGGGAUGCGCCCAAGGAGGGUGCUGAGGCAAAGAAGGAGGGCGAGGAGGAGGUCAAGGCUGAGGAGACCGAGACCCCUGCGGAGGCCAAGACGGAUGUCACUGUUGAGGCUCCAGCGGCUGCCGAGGAGCAGGUCAAGGAUGCCGAGGGUGAUGUUUCCAUGAAGGAGGAGACCACUGCUUAA